AUCUCUUCAUAUUCGGUAUCGUCAUUUCUUCUUCAUUAUCAUCAUCAUCAUCGGUUCUUUCUAGAGAUAAAAUCGAUUGUUCUAGUUAGAUGAUUUCACUCUUCAAUUAGGCGUACAACCUGAUUGCAUCGGAAAUUAUCCACUUUCACAUCGCAUCGGUCUGAUUCAUUUGGUAUUACUGUUUUUAAACUCGCGCACAAUCGGCAUCCAACAUACGAUAGACCUGGACAUAACAAAUAAGUGUUUUGAUUGUUAGGGUUCUUGGUUUGUUCAUUCAAUCGCAACACUCGGAGUAAAUUUUACAGUUUUGUAAGGCUGUUCUACACUGAUAUACGCAUAUAUGCAUGCAUCUGUAUAGCAUACUGCUUCAGCCCUGGGGAGUGAGGAUUGUUUCUGCGCCGAUUGGCUACGGUAUAUGUUUAGGAUGGAGAUUGACUCAUCGCUGGAACUUGAUGCACUCUCUCCUCAAGAUUGUAUUAUUCAGAGACUCACUGCUCUAGGAGUUCCAGUAAAGAAUCUGGAGAAGCUUCAACCAGGCCUGAUUAGUUUUAUAAAGAAUAACAAAAAUCGGAUUCCUGAGCUGGUCUCUGCAAUCUUGCCAAGUGAUGAGGAAGCAGUUGCAAUUUCUGAUUCAAACCUUGCUGAUUAUUUCUCUGAAAGCUUGGUCUGGUGUCAGUGGUUAAUGUUUGAGGGAAAUCCAAAUGAUGUCUUGCAAAUGUUAGCAGAAAAUGGUGGUGGCGGGCGAGGUGUGUGUGGUGCUGUUUGGGGAAACAAUGAUAUAGCUUACCGCUGCAGAACAUGUGAGCAUGAUCCAACUUGUGCUAUAUGCGUCCCUUGUUUUCAGAAUGGGAGCCACGCUGAUCAUGAUUAUUCUAUUAUAUAUACUGGUGGUGGCUGUUGUGACUGUGGAGACAUAACUGCAUGGAAACGAGAUGGUUUCUGUUCAAAGCACAAAGGUGCAGAAGAGGUGCAACCCCUCUCAGAUGAGAUUGCAAAGUCGAUUGGACCAGUUCUUGAUUCUCUUCUUGUUUGUUGGAGAAACAAGCUAAUGGUAGCAGAAACGGUAUCUAAGGGAAGUCCUAGAGUAAAAGCUCAUGUUUCAGAGUGGAGAACUGCUGGAGAUUUAUUGACAUCAUCUGUGUUGGAUAUGCUUUUAGACUUCUGUCAGUAUAGUGAAAGUUUGCUGAGCUUCAUUUCUGGUAGAGUGUGGUCUUCUGUUGGUUUGUUGGAUAUAUUGGUAAAGGUUGAGAGUUGGUUGAGUGAUGAUAACAUUAAGAAGCUUCACGAGUUAUUUCUGAAAUUGUUGGGUGACCCUUCAUUCAAAUAUGAGUUUGCCAAAGUGUUUGUUAGCUAUUACCCCACACUUGUUGGGGAAGCUAUUAAACAAUGCAGUGAUAAUAUUUUUAAGAGGUUUCCACUAAUUUCCACAUUCUCUGUGCAAAUCUUCACGGUGCCUACUUUAACACCGCGGUUGGUCAAGGAACAAAAUCUUCUAGGUAUGCUAUUGGAAUGCUUGGGGGACAUUUUUGUUUCUUGUGCUGGAGAAGAUGGCCGACUACAGGUUAGUAAAUGGGGAAACUUAUACGAAACUACCCUACGUGUUGUUGAAGAUACACGAUUUGUAAUUAGUCACGCUGUAGUCCCAAGAUAUGUGACCCGUGAGAGGCGAGAUAUCCUGAAGACAUGGAUGAGGCUUCUGGCAUUUGUGCAAGGGAUGAACCCUUUGAAAAGAGAAACAAACAUUCAUGUUGAAGAAGAAAAUGAUACUAUGCAUUUGCCUUUUGUUUUGUGUCACUCUAUUGGAAACAUUCAUACUCUUUUAGUGACAGAGGCAUUUUCAUCAUGCGGUGAUGAGGACAUGGAUGAUGAAAAUAGGUUGAACUUGUAUAAUGAAGACCAGGACAACUUGAGGCAUGCAAAAGUAGGAAAGCUUUCACAAGAAAGUUCAGUCUGUAGUUCAUCAUUAAGGGGCAGUUACCCUGUUCCUGAGUUUACUGAUGAAAAAUUUGAUCUUCUACUUCCAUCUUCUGUGUCUUGGUUUAUAUUUGAAUGCUUGAAGGCCAUUGAGAACUGGUUGGGUGUAGAUAAUACAUCAGGUCCUCUUGAUACUUUGUUACUCAAAACAUCAAAUUUAUCAGGAAAUGAUUUCUUUGCAUUGAGGAAAACUUUGUCAAGGCUUAGAAGGGGGAAAUCAUUUUUCAAGUUGUAUAAUAAUCCACCUGCCUACAGUAAGCUGACAACUGAAAGUGACCUUCAGAGUGUACAGUAUUUUAAACCAGCUCAAGGAAGACUUCAUGCUAGUACUGCCGUGGAUGGAAGACAAGUCACUGGUUCAAAUGUUUUUGAUGAUAGCAUAGCGGAAAAAGAUUGUGGUAAUGAAUUAGAAGAUCUCAGCAUCCUAUGUCUAUCGGAAUGGCCAAAUAUAGCAUAUGAUGUUAGUUCACGGGAUGUCUCAGUUCAUAUACCAUUGCAUCGAUUGCUUUCCUUGGUCUUACAAAAAGCAUUAGGAAGAUGUUACGGAGAAGAUGCAACAACCACUUCCUCUACUACGGAUUUUUUUGCGUUUGUUCUUGGAGGAUGCCAUCCAUGUGGAUUCUCAGCUUAUGUAAUGGAGCAUCCUUUGAGAAUUAAAGUUUUCUGUGCUGAAGUUCAUGCUGGAAUGUGGAAGAGAAAUGGUGACACUGCCAUACUAUUUUAUGAGUGGUAUCGUUCAGUGCGUUGGUCUGAGCAGGGUUUAGAGCUUGAUCUAUUUCUGCUGCAAUGCUGUGCUGCUUUGGCUCCUCCAGAUCUUUUCAUCAAUAGAAUAGUAGAGCGUUUUGAGUUAUCAAACUAUCUUUCUCUUUCUCUUCAGCGGUCUAGUGAGUAUGAACCUGUUUUGGUUCAGUCAAUGCUUACUCUUAUCAUUCAAAUUAUAAAAGAGAGGAGGUUCUGUGGAUUAACCGUUGCCGAGUGUCUGCAACGGGAAUUGAUUUAUAAGCUUGCACUUGGGGAUGCUACCCAUAGUCAGUUGGUGAAAUCUCUUCCCCGUGAUCUCUCCAAAAUGGACCAGCUUCAGGGAAUUUUGGAUAAAGUGGCCGUGUAUUCCCGUCCAUCUGGAAUGAAUCAGGGCAUGUAUAAGUUGCGUCUACAAUACUGGAAAGAGCUGGAUUUGUAUCAUCCUAGGUGGAAUUCAAGAGAUCUUCAAGUUGCAGAGGAAAGAUAUCUACGGUUUUGCAAGACUCCCGCAUUUACCACUCAACUUCCCCAGUGGUCAAAGAUAUAUAAACCUCUCACUGGUAUAGCUGGAGUAGCUACUUGCAAAGGGGUUCUCGAAAUUGUCCGAGCUGUUAUGUUUUAUGCGGUUUUCACUGAUAAGGCAACUCCGUCACGUGCACCUGAUGGCGUUCUUCUAACAGCAUUGCAUUUUAUUUCGUUGGCAUUAGAUGUAUGCAUCAAUAUGAGAAAAGCUGAUGAUAUAUCUUGUAAUCUUAAUAAUUCAGUCCCAAUUGUAGCUUUUGCAACUCAAGAAGUUUCUGUUGGAUUUCCUAGCCGGUCUAGUGAUCAAAGUUUGUUGUCACUUCUUGUGGCAUUAAUGAAAACGCACAAGAAGGAAAAUUCUGAUGUCUUUAUGGAAGCUGGUACUUUGAACUUAUCAUCUCUGAUUGAAAAUCUGCUCAAGAAGUUCGCGGAAAUCGACCCUGGAUGUAUGGUUAAAUUGCAAAAACUUGCCCCUGAAAUUAUUGAUCAUCUAUCUCAAUCUCUUACCAUUAGUGAUGCACCUGUUGGUGUUUCAAUUUCCGAUGUGGACAAACGCAAAGCAAAAGCUCGAGAAAGGCAAGCUGCCAUGCUGGAAAAGAUGCGGGCUCAACAAUCCAAAUUUUUAGAAAGCAUUACUUCCACGCCAGAUGAAGGGAUGGGUGAUUCAAGAUGUGAGGAAGAGUCUUCUGAUGCUGAAACUGACUCUAGCAAGUCCACUAGAGCUAUCUGUUCUCUAUGUCGUGAUCCAAAAUCUGAAAGUCCUCUGUCUUUCCUGAUUCUUCUCCAGAAAUCGAAACUCAUGGGUCUCGUUGAUAGGGGUCCCCCUUUGUGGGAACAAGAUUGCCAGCCUAUGUCUUUCCAAACUGCAGAUGAAAAUGUUCAAUCAAGUGAUAUCACUGAAUUAAGUGUUUCAGAAGGGGUCUCUUUGCCUUCAUUGAAUCAAUUGAUUCAAACUCCCAUAAGUGUUCUCGCUUCUGAACAGCAGCAUGAUGAAGUUGAUGCCCUUGUUAAAUUCAUAAGAGCUCGCUUUCCUUCUAUUAACAAUAUUCAACUGCCUCAUCCAACAAAACAAUUGACAGAAAAGGCUUCAUGGUCACCAGAGAUGUUUGAAGAACACCUAUACUUGUCAAUUCGGGAGAAGAUGCUUGUUUUUUUGCACCCAAAUAAUUCUGAGCUUGAUGGGAAAUUAUCUGACGAUGAAGGAACUUCAACAAGAAACAUUGCUGUAGAGUCUAUUUUUCUUGGAAAGUACGUAGCUGCCCUUUCAAGGGAUGCAUUAGAGACCCCUUCCUCCUCAGAAACUUCCAAUUCUGGAAAUAGAUCUGCUGAGUCGUCCACCCUCCUUCCUGCAUGUGACGGACUUCGACCAUCAGGUUGUGAUGGAGUUUAUCUUUCUUCAUGUGGGCAUGCUGUGCACUUGGCUUGUCUUGACCUUUAUUUGUCUUCCUUGAAGGAAAGGUAUAAUAGGAGAAUCGUUUUUGAGGGUGGACAUAUUGUAAAUCCAGAUCAGGGGGAAUUCCUUUGUCCAGUAUGUCGUGGACUUGCAAAUGCAGUCUUACCUGCGCUACCUGUAGAUACACUAUCAGAUUUCAAGACUCCAGUUGUAGAGGACAAUUAUUUGGAUGUUAUUAGUCCUUUAACCUCGUCAAAAGGAGAAAUUGUUUCUCUUCGUCUUCGAGGCGCUUUAGCUCUCAUUCGCGCUGCAUCAAGUGUUUGUCUGAAAAGUGAAACACUAAAAGCUGUCCCAGUACAUCAGAAUGGAAGUUUAAAUCUAAAUAUGGACUCUAUGAUACGUGUACUGUCUAGAAUAUAUUCUCCUGGAAAACAUGAUAAACUUUCAGGGUCUCCUAGGUUAAGCCACUCAUUGAUUUUGUGGGACACAUUAAGAUACUCUCUUAUGUCUACUGAAAUUGCUGCACGUUGUGGAAAGAGUUCCUUAGCUCCAAACCAUGACCUCACUACGUUAUUCAAAGAACUCAAAAGUUCAAGUGGAUUUAUACUGGCCUUGUUGCUAAAAACUGUACAACUUAUGAGAUCCAAAAGUAGUCUAAGUGCUCUCCAGAGAUUGAAAGGCAUUCAGCUCUUUGAAGAGUCUAUAUGCUCUGGUAGUUACCAUGACCAAGUAUCCAGCAGCACAAGCAUGAAAAGAGGUGAUGUGUUAUCUAUCUUGGAACAUGUUGAAGGAGGAUGGCCCUCGUUUUGACAUUCAAUUUUGGAAACUGGCCUCUGGUCCUAUUCUUGCUCAUGAUGCUUUUUCGACCUUGAUGUGGGUUCUAUAUUGUCUUCCAAAUCAGUUUCUCUCCUGCGACGAAUCUUUCUUAUCUCUUGUGCAUAUUUUCAACGGUGUUCCGUUUGUUCAGGUA